GGACCCGAAGCCGGGAGGUUUCAGCCUGGGCAGCAUGGCCGUAUUCCGGUCGGGCCUCCUGGUGCUGACGACACCGCUGGCCUCCCUGGCCCCUCGCCUGGCCCCCAUCUUGACCUCGGCGGCCCGGCUGGUGAAUCACACACUCUAUGUACACCUGCAGCCUGGCAUGAGCCUGGAGGGCCCGGCUCAGCCCCAGUCCAGCCCCGUGCAGGCCACGUUUGAGGUUCUCGAUUUCAUCACCCACUUCUACACCGGUGCCAAUGUCCACAGGCAUCUGGACGUCAGAAUCCUGCUGACCAACAUCCGAACCAAGAGUGCCUUUCUCCCUUCCCUGCCCAGCUCGGUCCAGAAUCUGGCCCACCCGCCGGAAGUGGUGCUGACUGACUUUCAGACGCUGGAUGGAAGCCAGUACAACCCUGUAAAGCAACAGCUAGUGCGCUAUGCCACCAGCUGUUACAGCUGUUGCCCACAGCUGGCUUCGGUACUGCUAUGCCCCGAUUAUGGGACUGGAGGGCUGCCUGUGGAGUCCCUGGAUGUCCCCUUACCUUCCACCACCAGGCCACCUUCCCCCGUGGCCAGGUCUCCAAAGCAGCCAGUGCGUGGCUACCACCGUGGGGCUGUGGGUGGCACAUUUGACCGCCUGCACAAUGCCCACAAGGUGUUGCUCAGUGUCGCAUGCAUCCUGGCCCAGGAGCGGCUUGUAGUGGGAGUAGCAGACAAAGAUCUGUUGAAGAGCAAGUUGCUCCCUGAGCUGCUCCAACCUUAUGCAGAACGCGUGGAACAUCUGAGUGAGUUCCUGGUGGACGUCAAGCCCUCCUUGACUUUUGAUGUCAUCCCCCUGCUGGACCCCUAUGGGCCCGCUGGCUCUGACCCCUCCCUGGAGUUCCUGGUGGUCAGCGAGGAGACCUACCGUGGGGGGAUGGCCGUCAACCGCUUCCGCCUUGAGAAUAACCUGGAGGAGCUUGCCUUGUAUCAGAUCCACCUGCUGAAGGACCUAAGUCAUGAGGAAAACGAAGAGGACAAAGUCAGCUCCUCCAGCUUCCGCCAACGAAUGCUGGGAAAUCUGCUUCGGCCUCCACAUGAGAGGCCAGAACUCCCCUCACAACUCUACGUGCUCGGGCUGACCGGCAUCAGUGGCGCUGGGAAGAGCUCAAUAGCUCAGCAGCUGAAGGGCUUGGGGGCGUUUGUCAUUGACAGUGACCAACUAGGCCAUCGGGCCUACGCCCCUGGUGGUCCUGCCUACCAGCCUGUGGUGGAGGCCUUUGGAACAGAUAUUCUCCAUAAAGAUGGCAUUAUCAACAGGAAGGUCCUAGGCAGCCGGGUGUUUGGCAACAAGAAGCAACUGAAGAUACUCACAGACAUUAUGUGGCCAGUUAUCGCAAAGUUGGCCCAAGAGGAGAUGGAUGUGGCUGUGGCUGAGGGAAAGCACGUGUGUGUCAUUGACGCGGCCGUGCUGCUUGAAGCUGGCUGGCAGAACAUGGUACAUGAGGUGUGGACCGUUGUCAUCCCUGAGACUGAGGCUGUACGACGCAUCGUGAAGAGGGAUGGCCUGAGUGAAGCUGCAGCUCAAAGCCGGCUGCAGAGCCAGAUGAGUGGGCAGCAGCUUGUGGACCAGAGCCACGUGGUGCUGAGCAACUUGUGGGAGCCACAUAUCACCCAGCGCCAGGUGGAAAAAGCCUGGGCCCUCCUCCAGAAGCGCCUCCCCAAGACUCACUAGGCCCAUGACUGAUGAAGAGUUCUCUGUUGGGCCCAGACAAGAGAUCCAGCAGUGAGGAGGAGUGGGGGCCUUGAUGCUCACCCUGGCUGAGGCCUAGAAGGCUCCAGGCCAAACUGUGCAGGACACGGCUGGGCCUCGUGGACAUGGAAAGCCUACCCAGUAUGCUGGUAUUUGGCCACGUGCUGAAGAUGUGGCUCAUGGGGGAGCAGGCCCCCGUGGGGUUCCAUCCUCACUCUUGCCCAAGGUUGUCUGUGAUACCCAUAGCUUACUAGGUCAGAGCAAACACUGGCACUUAAAACAGAAUUAAAGGUAAAUGUUUCCAGGUG